UGUUACGCACAGACUUCCGUGACUGGGCCGGGGCGGUCCAUAGCCCGUCCAUAGCCCAUCCAUAGACGUGGCCGUCGUAUGCUGUGCUGCGUUCGCUGGCGCAGUGUCCGGUGUGGAGAGAGAGAGGGCGAAGUUUGCUGUGCCUGCAUUGCAGCCUCAGCGCUGCUGGAAUCGAACACAACAAUGGCGACUCCCAGUUCCAACAGCAACUCAACAACCUCCAGCGGCAACAGCAACAUUGCAGGAUCCACCUCGCACCACCAUCACCCGCAAACACAACACAUGACCACCGUCAGCAGCAUGCAAGAAACCAACACGUGCUGGAGGUGUCAAAACGAAACAGGGUUUCAGAUAAGCCUGUCUGGAGUGCCCCAAAGUAAACGUAAAGCCCUGAAGCUGAACUUCGCCAACCCUCCAGUGAAGCCAGCUACCAGAUUGCCCCUCAACCCCUCACCUUCAACCGCCCCCUCCUUCCAGAACCCACAUAUAGAGCGCAUGAGGACGCACAGUAUCGAGUCGUCGGGGAAGCUGAAGAUUUCUACGGAGAAUGCCUGUGACUUCACGGCCGAGGACCUGAGGGACCUGGGGGAGAUCGGGCGAGGGGCCUACGGCUCCGUCAACAAGAUGCAGCACAAACCCAGCGGACAGAUCAUGGCCGUCAAGAGGAUCCGCUCCACGGUGGAGGAGAAGGAACAGAAGCAGCUGCUGAUGGAUCUAGACGUGGUGAUGAGGAGUAGCGACUGUCUCUACAUCGUCCAGUUCUACGGAGCUCUCUUCAGAGAGGGCGACUGUUGGAUAUGUAUGGAACUAAUGUCUACCUCAUUCGACAAAUUCUACAAAUAUGUAUAUUGUUCGUUAGAUGACGUCAUUCCAGAGGAAAUAUUAGGCAAAAUUACAUUAGCUACCGUUAAAGCACUGAACCACUUAAAAGAAAACUUGAAAAUAAUUCACAGAGACAUCAAACCUUCCAACAUUCUCAUGGACCGUAACGGCAACAUCAAGCUGUGUGACUUUGGCAUCAGCGGCCAGCUGGUGGACUCCAUAGCCAAGACCAGAGAUGCAGGCUGCAGGCCCUACAUGGCACCAGAGAGGAUAGACCCCAGUGCUUCCAGACAAGGCUACGACGUCCGAUCUGACGUGUGGAGUUUGGGGAUCACCCUGUAUGAGUUGGCCACCGGGAGAUUCCCGUACCCCAAGUGGAAUAGCGUGUUUGACCAGCUAACUCAGGUGGUGAAGGGCGAGCCGCCACAGCUCUGCAACUCUGAGGACAGACAGUUCUCCCCCAAGUUCAUCAACUUUGUCAAUUUAUGCCUCACAAAGGAUGAGUCAAAACGGCCCAAGUACAAGGAGCUCCUGAAACACCCGUUCAUCCUGAUGUACGAGGAGAGGUUUGUGGACGUGGCCAGCUACGUGUGUCGCAUCCUGGACCAGAUCCCAGCCUCCCCCAUCUCCCCCAUGUAUGUGGACUGACGGGGGACACUUUGCACGGCGACACACGCACCGUUGGGGGAAACAGUACACCGCGACACACGAAGCAUGACAUCUUAGCCCUCAGAUGCAGAGUUACUAUAGUAACAAGCUGUUUGUUUCCAUGUUCCAAAGAACAUGACAAUUCCAUAUUCAAAACCAAUCGCCCUGUGCAAUACGAUAAUACACAAAUACUUGUCACCACCCUGUUCAAUGUCAAUAAAAACAUCUGCAUUUUCCUCCCGUCUUCAGACAGCUAAACUUGAAGACAUUCAAUUGGCUCAACGUAUAUACAACGUUCAUAUUUUUUAUGUGCUAGGGAAAAAAUCGGUUUAGUGUCCAUAUACAGUGUAUACUUGAAAAUCGAUGUUACCAAAUAAACAUAUUGGAAAGUGCCGCUCA